GCAUUGGAACGACACUUGACAUGGCGGCUAUAAAAGUAAAGUGCGCGUGCACGCUGUGACAAACGGGUUUUUUUUUCCCCUCUCUGGUGUGAGACUAAAACAAAAGCUUUUUUUAAAAAAAUUUUAUUUUAAAUAUAUAUAUCAACUUGACGAGAAACUGUUUAAAUAAAAGAUGGACAGCGACGACGACAAUGUGGAUGAGGUUUUAGAAGAGAGAAAAAAAAGAGGCUGGUGAGGGAACGGCUGUUUAUAGCUGCUGUAACGCCCAGUAGAUGAUGACGGGCUCCCCCAUGGCUUCUGUACCGUCGCCUACUCCUCCAGUGACCGCUUCGAAGGCCACUUUUUCCACGGAGAAAAGAACGGAAAGGGCAAAUUCUUCUUUUUCGACGGCAGGGUCACUGGGAGAUUGGAGCCGAUCCCAUGGGACUCGGGGUACAUCCUGGACGAGGUCACAACCCAUCACCGUCACAAUCGCACACUACGGACAAUUCUGGAAAUGUCAAUCAGCCUAGAAUCACUCUAGAUGGAUCCUACAUGGACGAUGUACUUCAGGGCCAGGGUGUGUACACUUACGAGGACGGCGGAGUGCUGUACGGCACCUACGUGGACGGAGAGCUCAACGGUCCCGCUCAGGAGUUCGACCCGGAAGGACAUCUGAUCUUCAAGGGCCAGUACAAGGAUAACAUCCACUAUGGCAUCUGCUGGAUUUACUACCCGGACCGAGGCUGCGUGGUGGGCGAGGUCAACGAGGACGGGGAGAUGACGGGCAAAGCAGUGGCUUAUGUUUACCCCGAUGGACACACGGGUCUGUACGGGAGCUUUGUGGAUGGGGAGCUCAUCGAGGCCAGACUGGCCACGCUGACCGAUCAGGAGAACGGCAGACCUCACUUCACCGUUCAGCCCGACAGUCCUGUUUACUCCUACGACAAAUCCACUUCCUCCUGUAUCGCUGCUCACAAAACACUGAUCGACCCCUACGAGAGCCAGCGUGUGUACGUGGGGCAGUCGCUGAUCUCUGGGGCAGGAGAAGGCCUGUUCGCCAAAACUGACGCAGACGCUGACACGGUCAUGGCUUUUUACAAUGGAGUACGCAUCACACACUCCGAGGUGGACGCCCGUGAUUGGUCCCUGAACGGGAACACCAUUUCGUUAGAUGAAGACACAGUGAUCGACGUUCCUGAACCCUUUAACCAUACAGAGAAUUACUGUGCAUCGCUUGGACACAAAGCCAAUCACUCAUUUACCCCCAACUGCAAAUACGACCCGUUCGUUCAUGCUCGCUUCGGUCCAAUCAAAUGCAUCCGAACAAUCCGAGCGGUUCAAAAAGACGAGGAACUCACUGUCGCUUACGGUUACGACCAUGAACCGUCUGGGAAAUCAGGUCCAGAGGCUCCAGACUGGUACAAACAAGAGCUACGUGAGUUUCAGGAAAGAGAAGCUGAAAGAAGAGUUAAGGACUCUUGUUAACCCCACCCCCUUCCAAAAAAAACAAAACAAAACAAAGAACAACACCUAAAUCUGCCUCUUUUACUGUCUUGCUCUUAGCUAAACAACUGUGUCUUUAAUACUUCAUCGUAAUAGUAUCAUCAUAACCUGCUCUAUUUAUCGUUCUCGACGGAUUGGACGAGAAAUGCUCGGCUUUUGCAGUAUCUUAUUCUAUAAUAUGAAGGUGCUACGACGUGUACAGAUCUCAACACCUGUGUCUGUCAUGAAUGCAGUAAUAUAUCAAGCGACCGAAGCACAGCAUGAUGUGAAUUAUGACUCAUCUGAAGUGAGAACUAUGCACUACCGAACCCAGCAGGUGUUCUUUGUUGCUACGCGAACCUCUACAAGCACCGGCAAUGCAGUCCAUUAGUAUGCGGUUUAACCCUCCCGUAGCUAUCGCCGUCGCAGUUUGUUUCAAACCCUCGCAGUGCAGUUAUUACAGUUAGCAUUGUCUCCUCAGCUUCAGUCUACCUGCACCGAGAGUGAACCGCAACACUAGAUUCUACUUAUUCUACUUUCAGAACAGUAUUAGAACUGCUCAUGCACUGUAAAUGUUUCAUUUUAAACCUUUUUGUUUUAAAUCAGUAAGAGGAAAAGUGUGAAAGCGCGUUAUGUGUGUGUGUGUGGGUGAGAGAGAGAGAGACAGUGGAAUGAGUAGCAGAUCACAAUAAGAAAUUAAUUCAGGUCUUUGAUAUGUAGAAUCUCUAAUCCAGGAUUUAUCAAUAAAACAUUAAAACCUGA